AGUGGAUCUAUGGCCAUCCAUUCAUACUUCAGAGGUCAUUUGAAAGAAUCGCCCCUUUUUCCAAGCGAAUACAGCAAAGCCCAUCAUGGUGCAGCGCAUGCUGGGCGCUCUCUUGGCAGUGGCGGUCUUGCUGUGCAUCUCGAAGUCGUCGCUGGACUUUGUCGCCCCGCAGCUGACACACCAGGCCCGCAACGUAGGCCUUUGGUCGUCUGCAUCGACCCUGGUGCAGGGCUUCCAGACAUCUGCCGACAGCUCAGCGGGCGCCUCCCAGCCUUCCUGGGCAGUGGCUGCUGCCUUCUUGACAGCACUCGCAGCAAGAAAGCUUAGCAAAGUGGGACGAGCAGCAGAGGGGAAAAAGAAGCCUCUUCGUGACCUGGUGCCCCCACCAGAAGCGGACGCAGUUCGAGAGGAGCGCCUGAAAGGAAGCAAGAGGGUCAAGGGCGGCGCAAAAGGACAGAGGUUCUUCAGCGUGCGGAACCGGAAAUUUUGGGACUUCACUGUUUGGCCGCGAACUUACUUUAGGCGUGUGUGGGAGAAGAAGGACUUCUCCUAUGCACUGCUCUUUGGACUGAUCCACAUAGGAGCGUGCUUUGCACCCUUCUACUUCAACUGGAGCGCCUUUGCCGUUGGCUUUUUCGGCUAUGUCCUCACAGGAAUGUUCGGCAUCACGCUAUCAUACCAUCGCCAGCUUGCCCACCUUUCCUUCAAGUCACCAAAGAUUGUUGAGUACAUCCUGGCUUACUGCGGGGCCCUCGCCAUGCAGAGCCAUCCCAUCAACUGGGUGUCUUCUCAUCGUCACCACCACGGCGCAACUGACUCGCCAAAUGACGUUCACUCUCCCAAGGAUGGUUUCUGGUGGGCCCAUGCGGGCUGGCUUUUGGAUCAGAAGGGAACCUGGAUGAGGGUGGACAGGAGCAAUGCCGAGGACUUGUCCAAGCAGUGGUACUACAGAUUCCUGCAGAAGACAUACCCCAUUCAUGCCAUCGUGCUGCCUAUCGUGGGGCUGUAUCUUUGGGGAGGCCUGCCGUUUGUGCUUUGGGGCUUCUUCGCCCGGGUGGUCUUCACAUGGCAUGUGACGUGGGCCGUGAACUCCGUGAGCCACGUGUGGGGUUUCCAAGAUUGGAACACUGGUGACAUCUCCAUGAACAACUGGCUGGUGGGGAUUCUUGCCUUUGGUGAAGGAUGGCACAACAAUCACCACGCCUUCGAGAACUCCUGCCGGCAUGGUCUGAAGUGGUGGCAAAUCGACAUGACUUGGUACACCAUCAAGGUUCUGGAGUUUUUUGGCCUUGCACGAGAUUUGAAGUACCCGACGGACGCCAAGAUGAGGAAGCUGAGCUGGGACACAAGUGACUCCGGUGCCGCAGCUAUCGCGUGAAGCGAAGGUGCUGAGCAGCCGCAAAGGGAGUGCCCCUUUUCGCCACCAAAGUUUGGGUGUGCGAAGCAUAGAAAAGUUCAAGCCACGUUGCUAGAUGACCUGGCCUCCAAGUUUUCCAAUUUGAGACCCUGCAGGGGUGAAUUCGUGUGACAGCAACAGCGCGACGGUGCAAAUUCUGAAAUCCCGGCGUGCAUUGUGUCAAGUGACUAAUGCACCGCCCUCACAGAAAGAAGCUCUCAUCGUGUGAGAAUCUGC